GGUUACUCUGAAAGUCGGUAUCGCGACGUCGGCGCGAGAGCAGUGGACUGACUUGGCGAGUGAACGCACGGGACCGAAUCCGGUGCACAUCCGCCGAAUCGAAACAAUCGCGGACAGAUUCGAGUCGACGAUAAGACAGAUAGUGGCCUCGCUGAGAAUGGAUAAUCGAGUCUAGACAAAUCGAUGAUGAUCAUCGCGGAGGAGUGAUUAAUCAAAGCCAGCGAGAUCGACGAAUCGCGCCAACACUGCUCGACGACGUCGGAGAUAAAACGCGGGGGGGGUAUGUUUGCAGAGAGAAUCGCUUAAAAUUGAUACGAGUGAAUCCGUUGAUAAAGAGGAGUACAUCAAUAUAUAUACGUAUAUGCUAUUACGACGUCAUAAUUCUCGAAGAGAGAGAAACUCGAAAUUGUCGCAAACACGAGCUCGGAUAAAAUCGGACGACGAUCCGUGCGAUGAUAGAUCGCGGGCGAUUCGAGAAGUGCGUCGGUCGAUAUCCGUUCUCCGGAUAGCACGAACGCGCGGCCUGGAUCGCGACUUCGUUCUUACGUUCCAAUUUUUACGACCGACAAUGCGCGGCGCGCGAUAAGCGGCAAUAACAAACGGUGGGCGAGAAAGAUAAGGGACAUGCGUGAGGAUAAUUGACGAUCCGUUUCUCGCGGUUGUAUCGCCGCGCGCGCGCGCGCGCGCGCGACGACGGGUCGCGCACCACCACGUCGCGGAGGACCGAGCGGCGCAGACACAGUGCGCCCCAGCUCUGUUAAUAAGCUCUGUUAAUCAGUGUGUAUCAAGAUUACCCUACAUAUCAGCGCACCGUCACGGGGAUAUCGCCGUUGAAUAAAGCUGUACGAGCAAGCGAGAUGACGCGAAGAGGGCUUUUGUUGUUGCUCAGUCUCGCCGUCCUGAAGGAAUCGUCGUCUGGGACUACGGGCGACUCCUCUCACCACAGACAGAAGAGGGUCUUCUGGUUCACGAACGACGGCCGGAUCGCACUGCCGCCCGGCACCGUCAUGACAAUCACACCGACGUUGGCGUUGCCGUUCGUCAGGCAUCCGCCUUACGGUUUCCUCAGCAAUAUGACCAUCAGUCUACCGUUCACGAUUGACUUCGACAAGCUGGGUUUGACCGACAACGAGAAUCCCUACGGCGCCUUGCCGCCGGCCUUCGACAGGAACCUGAAGAGCCGUCAGGCCGGCAUGAUGAUGGCGGAUUUCAUCGCAGCGUUCAUCAAACGCAGAUUGCACAAACGAGAGAUAAUACCGCCGAAGAACGCGUUUCACGGUGGCGAGAGGGCUCUGCUCUACGGUACCGCCGAGGACAUGCUGAGCACCUUGGGGAUGAACGGGAAAGCGUGCCUGUUGAGGGCGAUCUGCGAGGUCCAGGGCCACUCUCUGAGCAACUUCGGUCUGAUCGGCGAGAUGCUGAAGCUGUUCUUCACCGCUAGUCGAUCGCCGUUCGCGAAUCUUCUCAAAGAAUACGUCGAGGCGGAAAAUCGUGGCAAGUUUCACGGGGAAUGUUGGCCCUACUUCAAGGACUGCCCGAAAUCCCUCUUUCUGCCGUCCACCAACAAGUAUCAGAAAGAUUCGGUGCACGAAGACGAAGAGGACGAGGAUUGGAAUCAAAUCCCGAAUGACGAGAAGGCUUCCACGAGGAUAUCGAUGCAAAGCACAAAAGACACCGUACACCCUUCUAUGUAAUUACAUCGAAUCUCAAUUGUGUAUAAUUGCGUGUACGGUGACUCGUGCGGAAAUCGCUUUGUGUGUCGCCUCAUUUGCGGAUUUCCAUCGCGCGAAGCGAGGCGAAAUCUCUUCUUCCAAAGAACGAAGGAAAGCCGACUUUAGAUUCUCGCGCCGAUAUUGCUUGAGGUAAUCGCAAUUCCGCGACUGUCAACGGUUUCGUGUAUAGCGUCUGCCAAAUGGGACUGUCUGAAUCUGCUUUCGAGAAAAGACGAUACAAUCCCGUUUAAUUUAAAUCUUGGCCCGAGAAUCGGACAAUCGUGAUCAACGUUGAAAAUACGAAUCGAGUACCUUCCGACGUGCGUGCUCGCAAGUGCUCUAAAAGAAGGCUUAUCCGUUAAAGCAACGGCACUGGUUCUUCUAGUUUCAAGCCGAUAGUGUUGAGAUAUACACCGUAAUCACGUCACAGUGAGAUAGAGUAAGUUCUCACCAUAUAUGUGAUACACUGAGAACAAAUUAUUUCGCGCUUGUGACUAUAAUUGCAUAAUGAAAUAAUGACAAUACUCUUCACUUCCUUGCUAGAACAAUGAAACAAAUUAUACGAGAACGAUCGCGAAAUUGAUUUGAUCGUUUUUCUCUCAGUGUACCGCGUAUGCCCGAAACUGUUACGAAAGUUUGGCUAGUCGUCGAUAUUGUAAAACUUGGCGCUCCAACGAUCGAAGUGUUUCUUUUUAUUUAUUGUACAGUGAGAAUAUUAUUUCUCUUCUUCUUCCUCCCUCUCUUUUAUUGAUUUGGUCAUUUAUGUAACGAUUGCUCACAUACAACUACAGAGGCAUGGAUGAAGUGUCUCGUGCUUGUAAUACAUCUUGUAAUGUGCGAACAUCAGUAUCCAAAUCAAUCUCAAGGCGGCCAUCUUGUUAAUUGAUAACGUCGGUUGAGAAAACGCGCUGAAGGUUUUUGCACAAAGUACGCCGAGAUAAAUUGAUACUCAAGGUGGCCCUUGAUAACGAUUCGAACUUUUCAGUGCGAAUUUCUUUCGAUAUCCGUGCGCAAUUUCACGCCCGGCAUUAACGCGUAUCGUGCGCUCGGGAAAUGUACCAUGCUGCCAUAAUAAACAUAGUACCAAUA